CUGAGGCUAGCAGGCAGAGGCAAUGUCAGACCCCACCAGCAUCAGUUGCAGAAUGGUCACAGCCGACUAGGCCGAUGGACCAGUCAAUCCCAGGCAGGAGGUAUCAACAAAGAUCGCAGUCAAACCUCGCUAACAGGGCAACUAUCGAAUCGGACAAGUCGGAGUCCCGGAGGCUCACGAUCAGUACAAAAGAGCCUAGUGACUCAUGCUCGUCGUAAUUAUCAUUCCAACCCUCACAAUCUACAUCGAGAUCACAGGUCGAACGAUCAAUCAUCACGAGGAAUGGGAAAAGUUGUGAAUGGGCCACGCCGGCAAACCUCUCCCAUGACAGAUGCUCAUGCACUAACUAACUUUGGUUUCGCAAAGUCGAGAACGAGAGUCUCGAACUCAGAAACCUCUCCUGCUCACGUAGCCUCAUUCGUUUGUAGAGCCUCUUCAAGACUAGCCAGUGCAGCUGUCCGGCUAAUCCGACAAAGGGCAAUGUCUGGUGGAGGAAGAAGUCGAUGCUACUGGCCAGGUCACUCACCCAGCAGCCUGACGGACAACGAAGAUGAGGAAGCCAGAAGGCUGGAAGACGAAACCGGCGUUGUGCCCGGAUUCGGCAGAACCGCCCACUUUAUCCACAUAAUUCAUGUUCCCCCACUGCCUCCUACUCCAUUUGCAGGAAGGCAACAUCUUCUGCAGAUCGAAUAUAACCUGGUGGUAUGUUUAAAAGACAAGAAAUAA